AUGGGCGACAACGAUAACGACGACCAUAUACCCACCUCCAAACCUGUACAAUCCGACGACAGCAAAACCGCUAGCUCCCGCCUCUCCCAACUAAAGUCCCAAUUUCCUUCUCCGUUUCCAUCAUCAUCAACCACUACCACCAACCCACCCAAGAUCACCCGAAAGUCCCGCCUAACAACCCAACUCCCAGCAGACUGGUCCGACAUCCUCUCCGAAAUCAACCACGUCCGCACCCUCGCCUCCACCCCGCCAACCACAUCCACGGGCUACCGCCGCCACAAAGAAGCCGGCAAGCUAUGGGUCCGCGAGCGCAUCGAGCUCCUCCUGGACCCCGCCUCCUUCCGUGAAGUCGGCUCCCUCGCCGGCACGGUCACCUGGAAAUCCCCGCCCAAUGCUGCUACCGCGCCCACAGCGCUGGAGCGGGAGCGGCAGGUUGUAGGCGGAUUCGUGCCGAGCAAUAACGUGCAGGGGUUCGGGAGGAUCAAUGGACGGCCAGUGCUGCUGACGGCGGAUGAUUUCACGAUUCGCGCAGGACACGCGGAUGGCGCGUUGAUGCCUAAGACGAUUUAUAUGGAUAAGUUGAGCGUGAAUUUGAAGUUGCCGAUGGUGAAGCUGGUGGAUGGGGCGAGUGGGGGUGGGAGCAUCACGACCUACAAAUCCGAGGGGGGCGCAUAUCUACCGAAGCUGGAGCUGCUAUAUUGGCUAGUGAAGGAGUUGGAUCUCGGCAUCCCGCAGGUCGCAGCGGUGGUUGGGCCCGCUGUUGGGCUGGGCGCGGCGAGGGCGGCGGUCAGUCAUUUCAGUGUCAUUGCGGCGGACGUGGGGAGUUUGUUCAAUGCGGGUCCGAAGAUUGUGGAGGGGGCGACUUUUGAGGAGGGUUUGAGUUUUGAUGAUCUGGGUGGGCCAAGUAUUCAUGCCGGGAACGGGACGAUUGAUAAUGUGGCGAGGGAUGAAAAGGGUGCUUAUGAGAUGAUUGCGAGGUUCUUGAGCUACGUGCCGAAUCACGGUGGGGUUUUGCCGCCGAAAGGGGAGGUUCUGGACGAUCCGUACAGGAAGUGUGAGGGCUUGAGGGAGGUGAUUCCGCGAAGGAGACAGAGAGGUUAUCAAAUACGGGACAUUAUAGAGCCUUUAGUUGACAAGGGAAGUUGGUUCGAGAUUGGGCCGUAUUGGGGAAAGACUAUUGUGGUUGGUUUGGCAAGGUUGGGCGGGUACUCCGUAGGCGUGGUGGCAGACGACGCGACGGUGAACUCCGGAGCGCUGGAUUCGGCUGGCUCGCAGAAGCUGAUGAAGCAUCUCAAGCUGUGCGACGUCUUUGGCAUUCCAGUCGUACAACUGAUCGACAUUCCGGGCUUCGCUGUUGGGACGACGGCUGAACGAUCUGGAAUGAUGAAAUGGGGGACCGAGCUGUUCAAGGUAUACCAUACGACUACCAUGCCAGUAUUCUCGUGCAUAGUGAGGAGGUGUUACGGUAUUGGUGGUGUCAUAUUGGCCGACUCUCGCGACCCGGCACCGCGAGUGGCAUGGCCUAGCCUUGAAUCUGGGUCGAUCCCACUGGAUGGCGGCAUCGAAGUCAACCAUGUCGCGGACCUGAAGCGAGCAGGCGACAACUGGAAGCAGGUAUAUCAGCAGCUCGAGGCGGAAUAUGUGAACCUCCAGAACCCCAUCCGCGUGGCCAAUAAGUUCCAUGUCGAGGAGAUCAUUGAUCCAGCGGACACGCGGAGUCUGAUGUAUACUUGGGUCAACCACAUGUACGAAUCGACCUUGCCGGAGAGGCUGAUGCAGAGGGCGUCAGGUGCCAUCAAGCCGUCUUUCCGAUAG